GGACACAGUGAGGUUCUCACCUCCGCCCCCCGCCCGUCGCUCGCAUCCCCAGUUCCUUCAAAGCCAACCCGGGCCAGCGCAGGGAUCUCCGAGUUGCCAGUGUGCUGAGGCUGGGACUGUCACUCAUUCUCCGCUCAGCGCGUGAACGCAGCUCGGCAGUGGCUGGCAGGAAACAAUUCUGCAAAAAUAAUCAUACCCAGCCUGGCAAUUGUCUGCUCCUCGGUCCGUUGCUCCGCCGCCGUCCACAGUCGCUAGCAAGGGGAAGGCACAGAAUUUACCGCGGCCAGAACAUCCUUUCCAGCCUGCAGUUUACAAUGCUGCGAACUACGGAUCUCAUCUGGACUUUGUUUUUCCUGGGAACUGCAGUUUCCCUGCAAGUGGAUAUUGUUCCCAGCCAGGGAGAAAUCAGCGUUGGAGAGUCCAAAUUCUUCCUGUGCCAAGUGGCAGGAGAAGCCAAAGAUAAGGACAUCUCCUGGUUCUCCCCCAAUGGGGAAAAGCUGAGCCCAAACCAGCAGCGGAUCUCGGUGGUGUGGAACGAUGACGACUCCUCUACGCUCACCAUCUACAACGCCAAUAUCGAUGAUGCCGGCAUCUACAAGUGUGUGGUCACUGGCGAGGAUGGCACCCAGUCUGAGGCCACUGUCAACGUGAAGAUCUUCCAGAAGCUCAUGUUCAAGAAUGCACCAACCCCACAGGAGUUCAAGGAAGGGGAAGAUGCGGUAAUCGUGUGUGAUGUGGUCAGCUCUCUGCCCCCAACCAUCAUCUGGAAACACAAAGGCCGCGACGUUAUCCUGAAAAAAGAUGUCCGAUUCAUAGUCCUGUCCAACAACUACCUGCAGAUCCGGGGCAUCAAGAAGACAGAUGAGGGCACUUACCGCUGUGAGGGCAGAAUCCUGGCCCGGGGGGAAAUCAACUUCAAGGACAUUCAGGUCAUUGUGAAUGUACCACCCACCGUCCAGGCCAGACAAAGCAUCGUGAAUGCCACUGCCAACCUGGGCCAGUCUGUCACCCUGGUGUGUGAUGCUGAUGGCUUCCCAGAGCCCACCAUGAGCUGGACAAAGGAUGGAGAACCCAUAGAAAACGAGGAAGAGGAUGAUGACAAGCACAUCUUCAGUGAUGACAGUUCUGAGCUGACAAUCAGGAACGUGGACAAAAAUGACGAGGCUGAGUAUGUCUGCAUUGCUGAGAACAAGGCUGGCGAGCAGGAUGCAUCCAUCCACCUCAAGGUCUUCGCAAAGCCCAAAAUCACCUAUGUAGAGAAUCAGACGGCCAUGGAACUGGAGGAGCAAGUCACUCUUACCUGCGAAGCCUCAGGAGACCCCAUCCCCUCCAUCACCUGGAGAACUUCCACCCGAAACAUCAGCAGUGAAGAAAAGGCUUCGUGGACUCGACCAGAGAAGCAAGAGACUCUGGAUGGACACAUGGUGGUCCGCAGCCAUGCUCGUGUGUCCUCCCUGACCCUGAAAAGCAUCCAGUAUACAGAUGCUGGAGAGUACAUCUGCACUGCCAGCAACACCAUUGGUCAAGACUCCCAGUCCAUGUACCUUGAAGUUCAAUAUGCCCCCAAGCUCCAGGGCCCUGUGGCUGUGUAUACUUGGGAAGGGAACCAAGUGAACAUCACCUGUGAGGUCUUUGCCUACCCAAGUGCCACAAUCUCCUGGUUCCGAGAUGGUCAGUUGCUGCCAAGCUCCAACUACAGCAAUAUCAAGAUCUACAACACCCCAUCUGCUAGCUACCUGGAGGUAACCCCUGACUCAGAAAAUGACUUUGGAAACUACAAUUGUACGGCAGUGAAUCGCAUUGGGCAGGAGUCCUUGGAAUUCAUCCUUGUUCAAGCAGACACACCAUCUUCUCCAUCCAUCGACCGGGUGGAGCCAUACUCCAGCACAGCGCAGGUGCAGUUUGAUGAGCCAGAGGCCACGGGUGGAGUGCCCAUCCUCAAAUACAAGGCUGAGUGGAAGUCUCUGAGUGAAGAAGCAUGGCAUUUCAAGUGGUAUGAUGCCAAAGAAGCCAACAUGGAAGGCAUUGUCACAAUCAUGGGCCUGAAGCCUGAGACAAGGUAUGCGGUCCGACUGGCGGCCCUCAACGGCAAGGGUCUGGGCGAGAUCAGUGCAGCCACUGAGUUCAAGACACAGCCAGUCCCAACCUGGCCUCUUCCUGUCCUUCCAACCACAGACCUGUCUAGGGAACCCAGUGCACCCAAGCUGGAAGGGCAGAUGGGAGAGGAUGGGAACUCCAUCAAAGUGAACCUGAUCAAGCAGGAUGACGGAGGCUCCCCAAUCAGGCACUAUCUGGUCAAGUACCGAGCGAAACUUGCCUCUGAGUGGAAACCCGAAAUCAGGCUCCCAUCCGGCAGUGACCACGUCAUGCUCAAGUCCCUGGACUGGAACGCCGAGUAUGAAGUAUCUGUGGUAGCUGAGAAUCAGCAAGGAAAAUCCAAGGCAGCUCAUUUUGUGUUCAAGACCUUAGCCCAGCCCACAGCCAUCCCAGCCACCUUGGGAGGGAGUUGUACCUCCUACACCUUGGUCUCAUUGCUUUUCUCUGUGGUGACUCUUCUUUUGCUAUGUUAGGAACUUGAAAACACACGCACACAUACACACACACACACACACACACAAAAUAUAAUUGCUUAAAAAAUCCGGUUCCUAUGAAAAAUGAUCAGUUGUUCCCCUUUGAAAGAUCCUGUCGGGCCUGCGGUUGCCCAGCCACAGCUACUGAGCAAGUGUUCUGUGUGAGCAAGGAAGGUCUUGGUGAUUGGAAUCAGAUUUACCUCCUGAGAUUUUGUCGUGCGGUGGAACUAUUCUGUCACUUUGUAUGGGGUCUUCCCCCUUCUUAAGAGCAGUAAAGAGAGAGAGACAGAGACAGAGACAGAGAGACAAAAAGACAAGAAAGAAAGAAAGAAAGAAAGAAAGAAAGAAAGAAAGAAAGAAAGAAAGAAAGAAAGAAAGAAUUUGAGAGGUAUUUCUUUCCGUACUAUUUUUCAAAGACAGCAUUAUGCAAGGUUUAUGGGGCGGUUUCUGCUAUCUGUUACUUGUGGUUUUUGUUGUUCAUAAACACAGCAGAGGAAGAAUUCUAGAUUUCUAAAGCUUGGCUCAGAUUGCUAAAGUCACCACCCUUCACUCUAACACUGCGCCCUGCCCUCCACCUUUCAAUAGGUAGUUAGCUUCGCCGGCGGUUAAGUAUUCAAGUACCCAUGUUGUACUUAGGUAUUUAAAUCCCAAGUAUUUAAGUACCCGUGUGGUGACUCACCUGAGCACUCUGCUGACACGAUAGAUUAAAUCCCUCUGUAGCCUGUGCAGGGGGAAAAGUAGAAAUCAUCUGUUGUCCUGGAGCUGAUGAGCAUUCUGGAAGGUGCUGAAAUGCUGGUGUUAGCCCGACAUCUCCUGCUGUUUCUGUGAAAAAGGCCAAACUGUGAUGUGCCCAAUAGGAAUGGGCUUUUGGGAUCUGACUCCCAAUAGAGCUCAUUCUUCCACUGCACAGUAGGAUGCUUCAGAUGAGCACGAAACCUCCAGGUCCUGGGGUCUGUGGUCCAGCCAUGACCUACAUCACCACCAUAAGUGCAGGCAGGUUGGAAGCAUCCUCUGUGAGUCAGUCACCCUGCCCACCUUCCCUCUACAUGCUCCAAAGAGCACAAGGUAAGGGAUUGAGGGAACAUGCUACCCUCUCCCACAGUGUUAGCGCAUUUGGGCAGUCUGCCUGUCUGCACUUCCAGAAUGACCCAGCUUCCCUAAUGGUCUCCUCGACACUUUAACAAUUAUUAUGAAGAGCCAGGAAUACCUGUCUGCUGUUGUGCCAUUCAUGCAGAAGAGGAAAUGGGUGUGUCGCGUCGGAUGCAUGGGACCCAAGGCUGAAUACCAACCACUAGUAUCAGCGCGUGAACUUUGGGAUGGACCUCCCUCCCCUCUCAGAGCACCUGUCACUCUGCCUAUCUCAUCUCUGAACAUCUACACGGAUGUUUAAUUUAUGUUCUCUUUGGUUCUUUAUCAAUUUCAUUUCUGUUGUUCCUUUUUAAUGCUCAAAGACUAGCAUUUCCCUUUGGGAAUCCAAAUGACCCUGAAUUGUGGUCUGCAGGCAAAGCCAACUCUGUUGCCACCCGCCAGUAUCCCCAGUGUUCAGCAUAGAUAGAGGCUCCACAGUGCUCAGCUAACACUGACAGUGCCUCUCGCUCAGCUCCGAACCUCUGCUCUGGACCCUUGGCAUCUACCCACCAGUUCAGUGAAACAAGAUGGCUCUUGGGCACAGGGCGAUACAGCAGAGAAGAGAACAUGGGGCUUUGGAGCCUGAUAUGAAAAUCAUAGGUCAGCUAAGGAAAGCUUCAGGGAGGGCAAGAGAGGUCCUACUUAAGUCCUCUUCUGAUGGCCCUGGAGAGCUGUCACACGCAUUCACUCUAGGAGGGCUCGGAGUCUGCCUCUGCCUCAUCACUGACCCACUCAUAGGAGAGGGACGGUGUCAAUAUUUCUAAGGGAACCUUGGGAGAUCAACGUUAAAUUUCCAGAGCCCAAGCAUGGUCCCGUACUCUCAGCAGACACGGGGCCCAGCUGGAAAACCUUUGGGCUUAUUCCAGCCCCUUUGUAAUGGAGACAGCUUUAGUGUGCACUAGCCCCAGACAGACACUUGGUGCCUUUGAGAAGGCUAGGGCUCCUAGUCCAGCCAGGAGUCCCUAAGAGAGCAGCCCCCAGGUAGCCCUAAGGGAGUGAGCUCACCCCGCCCUGUGCACUGUGAAUCAGUACAGACCAUAUACCAUCUGCCAUGAGGGUUCUCUUCUCAUUUUUAGAAUAUUUAUACAGCAGGUUCAGAUCACGUUUUUCUACUAAUAAGAAUGCUAACGUUGUUGUGUAGAUAAUCAGCAAGACUUUAUGAAGUUUACACCUUUGCAUUAUUAAAGGAUAUAACAGUUCAUGUAAACUCAACAGCGUGUUUUGAUUUUCUUUGAUAUCUGUGUCCAACACAGUGCCCAAAUUAAAAGCCUCUCCCUCCACCUCGUCUGCACUUGAUAACCGAUUCCCAGGAAAGACAUUUAAAAUUGGACCCCACACUUGACAAGAAAGAGAGUCCUAGUCAAAGACAUUUUCCCAUGAAAAUCUGUGUACCCUUCUAAGUGAUCCUGAAGGGUUCCUGUUGCCUGGGAAUCCUCAGCAGACAAAGAGAGGAAUGAGCCUUUGCAAAACUGGGGAGGUAGUCUUUAAAGAUGAGGUCAGGGGUAACACGUUCGGUCAGAUGCAGAGCUCUCUAGCAAGGUCCUGUGGGUAUGUAGCAGCCAUUUCUCCCCCUAACAGUACACACACACACACACCACAUACACAUGGGGAUCUUACAAUAGAGAGAAAAUGACCAAAGUUUGUGUCAACAACCUGCAUUCUGGUCAUAGCCAGCUCCAGGAAGGAGAAAGCAGACCUGUAAGAGAUUUCUGAGGAAAGCAGCCCUGCAGUUUAAGCAUUCUGGUAGCCUGAGAGUUGUAUCGAGACUAGGACUUCAGCACCUGGGUGCUAUAGCACAAUGACUCAGAUCCAACUGGGCACUUGGAAACUGUGAGAUCCAUCAAAUGGCAUAGGAAAAUGGGCGCAUAUGUAAGUCUCAGACUUGGAGCAAUUCAGUUGAAUGCCAAAACUGCUAUUAAUGCCGAGCUCUCAAAGCAGGAAUGGAAGAAGACAGCCCCAUCCAGGCACUGCUCAGGGCAGCUCUUAGGUAGGAAGAUGAGGGAAAGCUGGCCUCCAAGAGGCCUUCUUUAUGUGCAAGAAACCUAGGUGGGCUUACAACAGAGGGCAAGAGGAAGAUCAUGGAGAAGACAGAAGUCUGAGAGGUUUUAGGGGGGUUUGUUUUGGUUUUGUUUACUUUUGCUUUUCUUUUUAUGACCUUUUCAUAAGAUGCAGGAUCUGGACCUUGUCCCAUUAGGUCUCCUGGACUGAACUAUUCUGUGCCAUCCACAAGGGAUGUGACCGUCUCCUGAUUCCAGUACCCUUUCAUCUCUAUUCUGGGCAUUCCGGGCUGGCAUUGGAGUUUAUCCUAAGGAAGUACUCCAGUACCUGGGCAAGGCUUCCUAGUAGGGGCAGAAGAUAGGCUACACAGGAAUGAAGAACAGUGGCCAGGUGUGGUGGUGGACACCUCUAAUCCCAGCUCUCAGGAAGUGAGGGAAAAGGACCGGAGCCCCUGAGCAGGGAGAUCCUGUCUCGAAACUCUAACAUUAUUAAUAGGAAAAUGACAACACACAUGCAGUACCGCUUAUCCUGAGAUGAACUUCCCUCCCCUUGUCUGGAGGGACGGCACAAGAUGAGAGUGGCAAGCUGCUGGAACAGGCGUGGCAGCUGAGAAAGUAUAGUGAUCUGACUGUGGAGACAGCUGGGCCCACUUCCCAAGUGCUGUGAGCUGUAAUUCUUGCAGCUAGUUCACGACCUGGGUAUCCUCGGUCCCUUGGGAACACAGGAAACAUCAGACAAGAUCUAAUGGUAGAAUGUGUAGCAUGAAUAAAAACCCAGAGACAGAUAAUAGGGUUCAAGCUGAAGAUCAGGAAAGCAAAGCAGCCAAGCCGCUAGAGCAGUCUUACCUCUGCCAAGGCUGGGUGACUGCAAACUGAGCCCUGAGCCUCUGUCUCCUCUUGUUUUCUGUUCCUUUUAGUGCUGGGAUUAAAGGCAUGUGACUCCCUAGGACUGGGAUUAAAGGUGUGAGCCACCACCACCUAGAUCUGUCUCUGCAUUGAUCUUGUAUAGCUCAGAGUGGCCUUGAACUCACAGAAAUCCAUCUGCCUCUGUCUCUCAAAUUAUGGUAUUAAAGGUGUAUGAAAUUACUGUCUGGCCUCUAGUGACUUAGUUUUACCCUCUGAUCUUUAGGCAAGCUUUACUUAUUAAAACAUCGAUAAAAUAUCACUAUAAGAAUGGGUUUGCACUUGAAGAAUGAAUGAAUGAGAAGUGCCCAUAUGUCAGUCUAAGAUUAUUGUCUCCGCAAUGGUGUCCAUAGGCAGAGCUCUGUUCAGGGUCUUGCUUCCCACAAUACUGCUAUUUAUGGGAGUCAUUGGGUCCCUGUUAGAAAACUGUUGUCAGUGGGAUCCCAUGGGGAACUCAGACAGGGUCCUUCUGUGAGAGAACCUAGAGGCCAAAGUCUUGGAGGACUGCUAAUGGACACCAGGGGUUUAGACACAGAAAACCCAGCCAGAAGUAAGAGGCUGCGUACUGUCUGGGGGCGAGAAUGUGAACAUUUGUCCUGUGCGUGGGUAUGACUGUCUGUGAGAAUGUUCAAAUCUGGGUAAGUCUACAGGUUUUCCUGAAGUCUGAUCCCAGCAUGCCUGGCUCCCACAUGGUGAGUAUUCCCAGACCUUUGCCUUACCUGUGGGACCUGGGGAGGCUGCUGUGUCUCAGGAGUUUUAUGGAUCACAAAAAGAAAGGGUAAAAUGAGACCCCAGUUCCCUCAUAGUUAAAGUUCUUUAGACUUACUUCAAGAGGGGAAAGGGUGUAGACUCAUAUGUUGGCCAUCCCAUUGGGCCUGACAUCUUCCCAAGACCUAAGGCAGUCCUGGGAACCCCAUAUGGGACCCUGUCUAUCACAGUACGGCCUAACAUCAGGAGCCAACAGCUACUGCCUAACUACAUCAAAAAACCUUCUGCAUUGGUCCAGAGACGCAGCGGGGCCUCCUAGAUUUGUUUACUCUAGGUGUCGUCAAGCACUGCUUGUCUGGGCCUAGUCUGCUUCCAGGGUUCCUGAAGACCAGUUGAGCCUAUGCCUUAGGGAGGAGGUUCAGGGUUGGGGACAGAAAUGAAGACACAGCUCACAAUCCCCUCUCUUCAUCUUAACUUGUGGGAGCCCCCAAACCCUGUCUCCUGGGUGAGAUGAGGUCAUCAUGCCCCAUGUAAAAAGUGCAGAGAACCUCUUGUCUCUGCACCAGCCAUAAGAAGGCCCUUGAGAAGGUACCAUUGGUCACAAAGGCCUUGAUUUUAUGCUCAGGGCCCUACUCCACCUCCAGGGACGGUUGUCCAGAGGGUUAGGGGUGCUCA